UUAUUACUUCUUUAAUCUAAAUUUAAAGUACAAUUUUCUAAAGGCAGUCACAAAAUAACAGCUACACAGGUACGAAGACGAGAACAAUACAUAAAACAGAAUUGAAAAAAUGUCAAUAAUGUCAAAAUGAAGCUUGCUUUUCUUACUCAUGCAUGAGAAGAGAAAAAGGAAAGAAACUAUGGCACAUUCUGUAUCUAAUUGUACAGAAACAAGAGACACGUAGAUUCACUAGAUUAAAUUAAUAUACAAGAUGUACGAUAGACAGCGGGUCUAUGGCUCAGCGCUUAUAUACAGGAAUAAAAACAAGAGAUGCAUCAAGAACGCCACCAAACGAAGUGCUUCGCAAACGUCGAAGAAACACCGUUUGUUGAAUUGAGGUUGGAACUUGAGAACUGUUUCGUAGCAAGUUGCUGGAUGUGUCCGACCUACAGGUAGUUUAAAAAUGGCGGUGAUAGUAUAUUUGUCGUCGUUGCUUGCGCACGUGAAUGCGUGAAUGAUGAGAGUUUUACAUUUUGGAUGAACGAAACACAUUGUGCCUACUGCGUAACCGUGCGGGUCUCAUGCGCAUUCAAGUCACAUAAGCCGGUUACUCUCGGAUAGCCUAACCUAAAAGCGCACUAGAGCCCAAAAAGACAGGUUAACGGACUGUGUGAUGUUAUUACAAAAGCAUCUCAUCAACAAUGAAUUAAGACUUCGAAUUGAAACUGUUGUAUUCAGCUGACUUUCCGAAUCAAGUUUGUGAGCUGGUAAUAUUACGAAUAAAUAUGCAUAAUGAAUGUUGAAAAUGUCUUUAUGAAUGUACUUGAGUAAAUACAGUUGUAAAAAUAACAAAUAUUUAAAUAUGGAGCAUGCUGAUCUAGUAACAGAAAUGGUACAUGUCGAAAAACUAACAACUCAAGAGAGGUUACAUUUAGCUCGACACAGGCGUCUUCAACAACUAAAAGUAUGGAGACAACGUGAAAAAGAAUGGCUUCGCCACCAAAUUAGACAUUCCAGUAGUAAAAGACACAUCUUUUUCAGUGACAGUGUAAUGUUACUUGAAGCUGCAGCAAGAAAUGAUAUUGAUGAAGUGCGAAAAUUACUUAAGAAAGGAGUUAAUCCAGACUCAACAAAUGAAGAUGGGUUAACUGCAUUGCAUCAGUGCUGCAUAGAUGAUAAUGAAGAAAUGAUGAAGCUUCUUGUUGAAUUUGGUGCGAAUGUAAAUGCUGAGGAUAGUGAAAAAUGGACUCCUUUACAUGCUGCUGCUACUUGCGGACAUUUACAUUUAGUUCGAUAUUUGAUAGCGAAAGGUGCUAAUUUGUUGGCUGUUAAUGCCGAUGGAAAUAUGCCUUAUGAUAUUUGUGAAGAUGAAAAAACUCUGGAUUGCAUAGAAGGCGAAAUGGCUCGUCGUGGAGUAACGCAAGAAUUAAUUGAUGAGACUCGUGCCUCUAUAGAGAUACAAAUGCUGAGAGAUUUGCAGAGAGUAGCAUCAAUAGGAGGUGAUUUAGAAUAUAAAGACCACCAAGCUGCUACACCUCUUCAUGUAGCAGCGGCAAAUGGAUAUGUAAGAGUUGUUGAGUUUCUUCUUGAUCAGCAUGUUUCUACAGAUGUUGAAGAUAACGAUAAGUGGCAACCUGUUCAUGCUGCUGCUUGCUGGGGACAUUUGGAAGUUUUGGAGCUGUUAGUUCAAAAUGGUGCUGAUUUGAAUGCAAAGAAUAAACACGAUGAGACGCCGGCUGAUAUAUGCGAAGAUCCGGAAAUUCGUGAGCGAAUAAUGGAACUAAAGACUGAACAGGAGAGCAAAAAACUGCGCGAAGCACAGAACAGGCGAGUAAGAAGAUCACAAAGCAUCAAUACAAGGACACAGAGUGUGCGGAGAACUUCCAUAAGAGAUAAAGUUCUUACGACAAAAAAGGAUGCUCAAGAAGAAGCAAGGCUAAGGCUGCAAGCCCAACAACAUACUUUUGGAAAUCCCACAACUAAUCUAUCAACAUCAGAAAACAGUAUGGGAGGUUCAGAUAAUGCAAAUGAAGAAACAGAUUCGACCGCCUUGACGACUACAGUUCGAAGAGCUCCAGAGGGCAAAGACAACGAUUCGUUUCUAAACGAGGAAGUCGAUAAAGACUCAGACAUAGGUCAGGACGAUUCGCACCAACAGCAACAUCAACACCAGCAACCAAUUUAUGCAGACGAGGCUAAUGGUAAAAUCAACAUCCACGUUUCGGUGGUAUUCGUUAAGUCUCUGUCUGAUCUAAAGAAGCAACGGGCUCAAAACCGUACGAGCAUCGUAGGACCUACGCAGUCUGGACAACAACUCGAUACAAAUGGGAACGGCCUCCGACCUACUUCAGUGUCCACCACAUCCGGGACCGAUGACUUUCGUAGGUUUACUGGCAACACAAGCGAGAUCAUCGGCGACAGCUGUGACGACAAGAACUGCUGCAUCCUUAUGUGAGCGACGCUUACAAAUCUGAACCUCUUUUCUCUUCUUUACAGUAUAUUCAAGGUUUUUAGUAAAUUAUUUAUUGUUCGAUCGUAUAAUUCAUUUCAUUUAACAAUAUUUGGCAAAUAUGCUGUGAAACAUCAUUUGUAAAGAGCGUUCUCAAUUCAGAUCUGCUGUAAUACAUAUGUAUUAUUCGUUCUCAUCUCCUAAUUAGUGUUUCAUAG